GUGUCAUAGUUGACGCACGUAUGUUGUCGUAAAAGCACUCGUGGCAUCCGCCAAGCGUCGCGAGGAUGGGUGCCGCCGAGACGUCGAUCUGCAUUUCCGUGCUGUGCUUAUACGUCCUCAGGGCUACACCACCACCACGUGCUUCCAAUCGUAUGGCUUACGCGAAAGAACCUUCCUUGGAGAUUAUGCCAAGCGGGGAUACACAGACGAGGCCAAUCGGUUCCAGCAUCAUCCUGACGUGCAAACCGAAAGUCGACGACACCAAGCUGAUCAAGGACAUGCAAUGGAUCGACCCCCAGGAUCACGUGAUCGAAUCACUCAAACUCGUCGUUUUACCGAUGGAAAGCACCCCGGGUCAUUCGCAGCCACCGAUGUACACGGAAUUGCUCCAGGACAAUAGUUUGUCUUUGUUCUUCAACUCUCUGCAAGAACAACAGGCUGGGAAAUACACGUGCAAGGCCACUUACGCGAAUUCGAUUCAGCUGGAGAAGUCUGUGACGAUCGAUACCAUAGUUGCGAUCACUUGGGACAAUGCACCGCCCAAUCAAUAUCCUAUUCUGGGAGAAGACUACGCUAUUCAGUGUAAAGUGCGGGCAAGGCCUUCACCCUCGGUCGACUGGCUGUACAACGGCGAAUUAAUUAAGACGAACGACCACUACAUUAUAGACACGUAUGCUCUGAAGAUCAAGAACGUUCAAGAAUCCGACGACGGUAUCUACACUUGCCGUGCUUACGUAUUGACCACUGGAGAGCUGAGGGAACGACCUAUUCGCGUCGAGGUCCACAUACGGCCGACGGUGGAGGAGUUCCCCGCCCCGGUGGAUGUGAUCGAAGGGGAAGACGCAAGCAUACGAUGCAAAGCUCAUGGCAAACCGCCGCCAAAAUUCACUUGGGUGAAAUCGCUCACGCACCAGAAUCUUUCGAACGCCAAUCGUUUUGGGGUGGACUCUGAUACGGGAAUAUUAACCAUCACGAACGUGAAUCGCGAAGAUGCAGGGGAGUAUCAAUGCACGGCGAUAAAUUUAGCCGGUGAAGCGAACACGAAUAUCAGGGUGAACGUGAUCGUGAAGCCAAAGAUCAUGGAGUUCUUGAACAGUACCGUGGUACAGGAUAACGAGGCGAAUCUUGUCUGCAAGGCCUUUGGCAAACCUCCACCCCAAGUCACCUUUAGGAAGCUGACCGAUGAGAAACCGUACGUGAAAGGGACGCAACCAGACGACGAUAGAAUCAUGCUGACGAACAGUGCCGAUGACACGAACGGCGAAACGAUCGGUACAUUAACGAUCAAUAAAUCGCUCAGAUCAAACGAUGGACUCUAUGAAUGUAUCGCCGAGAACGCAGGAGGCGAAGCGCGUAGAAACGGUCAUUUAACUGUCGAAUUUCCGCCAUCGUUCGCUUCCAUGCAGAAUACAAGCUUUUGGUCGUGGGAGCAGAGACCUGUGAACAUCAGUUGCAUCGCCGAGAGCAUACCGAACGCUACCAUUCGCUGGACCAUGUACGGUGAUCAGAAAAUCGACAAUGACAACAUGAUCAAGCAGCUGGGUAACGGUCCUCUGUCUACCCUGAUGAUUGUCCCGCUGGACAAGCGGUAUUACACCACUUACAAGUGCAUCGCGUCUAACAAGCAUGGCACGCGGGAACGCAAUAUCGAAUUGAGAGAGGCCACGAAGCCGGCAGAAGUGUUGCAGGCGAAAAUGUCUGAAAUUACCGCCACUACGAUUAAAUUCGAUCUCGUGCUACCUAGCAGCAAUCCUGAACUCCCUGCGAAGACGAUUACCGUGCAGUAUAAGGAGGAUGGGCAGACCUGGAUGAUGGCGAAAAACAAAACGUGGUCUACUAAUUCAUCCUACGUCCUGGAAGAUCUGAAACCACAGACUUCGUACGAGUUCCGAUUCGCAGCUAGAAACGUGGUCGGCCUUGGUAACUGGGGAGCGUACCAUCGCGAAAUUACGCCCGGAAGGACGUUCCCGAACGAACCAAAGAUAAUGAUGCCUAGCGCAGAGUACGAUGUGUCCAGGUUCAACAAUCAAUACGAGCUAACUUGGUUGGCGCCAGCCGAUAACGGCGAGCCGAUUGACAUGUACCAGAUCAAAUACUGUCAAAUAAAACGCGUUUCUGGCGAGUGGGAGGUGUUAGAGAAUACCUGUCGAACAGAAGACAUCAAGACACAAGGAAGGCUGAAACACUGGAUCAAGAACCUAUACUCCGACACGUUCUACAAAGUGGAGCUGAAGGCGCACAACAUAAUGGGUUUCAGUAAGCCAGGCUCUGGGAAGUUUAAGACCGCCAGAGAACCUACGGGCCCCAAUGUGGACUACAAUAUAGUUACUUCCGCUGGAGAUACUCGCAAGCUCACCGUGACCGCCAUUGCCACAGCAAUAACGAUUCUAUUUCUAGCUAUCUAAAAGAAACAAAAAAAAAAAAAAAGAAGAAAGAAAAAGUAAACGAAACAAACAUAAAAUAAAAAUGCAGAAAAUAUUAAAAGAGAUCAACGUCAUGAACGGUCGCUGUUCACGCUCUAAUCUUUCCAAUUUAUAGUGUACACGUUUUAAAAAAGUGGUAUGCGAAUACGAACGUACGAAUGUUGCUAUAUAAUACCACAGAGAGAGAGAGAGAGAGAGAGAGGGAGAGAGAGCGAGAGAGAGAGUACAACCAGAGACACAAAACACAAUGGAGAAAAGAAAUUCUCGUGUAAUACGUUCCGUGUUCGUCAAGUUUUCACUUUUUACUCUAUAAACGUGUUUCUGCCGCGUGUUUCAUUUGUCGAACGCGCGUGAAGUUCGCAAACAUGUAUCGCAACUAUCACACAAACCAAACACGAACUACACACACAUACGCAUACACACACACACACACACACACACGAUUAACGAUUAUUGUAAAGGGAGUCUCUUAUUGUUAGACCGGUGCACAACAUUCCAACGUAGAAACGUUAGCGAAUAAGUGGGAUUCGAUGAUGUUCGCUGUGUUGAUAAAGAGUGGAGGAAACGAGAAAUGAAAAUGAUCGUAAUCCAUUGUAAAUUAGUAGCGCGUCUUAACGGUAUACUUGUUCGUAUGCUCGCGUCGUUAUCUUUUUUUUUUUUUUUUUUUUUUAGCGAAUGUACGGUUUCGUGUUUUAGUAUUAUUUCCAGGCAAAAUUUUAUUGUUUCGAGGAUUCGCAAGUGAUUGAAGGUUUAGUAUAAUGUAGAUUGGUGAUCGGAUCGGGACAGCAUUCGGGUGGAAUAUUAUAAAUUGUGAAUAUUCGCGAAUUAUUCAGAGUAAAUUGCAGAAUAGCGUUAUGUGUCCAGCUCGAAAAUCAAUUUAUUCAAAGGAUAAUAUCACGAUCAUCGAUGCAUUAGAUGCAUCGUUGUGUGCAUCGUGAAUCCAUUUUAACAUAACGUUAAAUUAAGGGGCUGAGACACGUAUUGCCUUAAAUUGCCAAAUGCUUAGUGUUAAAACGCGCAAGGUACUACAUUGAAGACAAAAAUGUUCAUCACAUUGUGUAGGAGUGUUCGUACAAUUGAAUUUUCGACUUUUCGAUCGUCGAAAGGGAAUAAGAACGAAUAUAUAUGUAUUAGGUUGCUUCGUAAAUUCUGGCUCGUGAGAGUCAAUUUUCUACAAAUUUACACGACAUAUUUAUAUGCGUUAUGCCUCUUUUAUAAAAAUCUUGGAAUCUGUCAUUUAAGAAAGGACUCGUUAUAUAUCUUAUGGCCUGGAAAUUAUUUAAUUCCUUCCGUCCAAACUAUUCUCUGCUGGAAAAAAAGAAGUGAGAAUCCGUUGGUGAAAAUGUGGCAUAAAAUGCACAUAAAACGCAAAACUACAUAAAACACCUGAAGUAUAAUAGUCAUAAUUAUAUUUAAUAAGCGAAUCAUACACUUUUAAUUAUUUUCAUAUAAAUACAAAUUUGCAUAAAUAUUCACAGUCUAGUCAUUAUAAAAAAAACCCUUUUAAAUGCCUGAUUAAAAGAUCGAUGAAAACAUCUUAUUCGUUUGUUCUGUAAACUCUAAAAACACUAUUUAUAUCAUAUCAACUUAUAUAGCAAUGUUAUACGUGUUUAUUGUAACACUGAUAGUCUACUUACAUGUGUGAACGAAGAGGCGGACAGAAAUUAUGCAGCAAUCUAAUACAAUUUGCUCAAUAUUUCGAAAGGAAUAAGAAACGUUAUUCGAAAAACUAGCUAAAAUUGUAUUUAAUAUCGGGUCUGCCAAGGGUAUUUUCUUGUUUCUCACCACUUAGUAGAGUACAAAUAUUUUUGGAAUGGAAUUUUUCGCGAUUCUCGCGGUUCGAUUUGCGACGAACGAUUCAACGUGACAAAGGAAAGGAACAACGAGUAGAGUUACAGGGGUGAAGCAAUUUCUUCGUGGUGUACACGUAGAAACACGAACGCAACUCGUUACCAUUUCUCUACAGACGCAACACGUCCGUUGAGGAAAAGAAAAAUCAAAAAAAAAAAAAAAGAAAAAAGAAAAAAACACCGGGAUAAAUCGUCCGCGAAAAAUCCGUUUUCGUCCGAGCUGAACUAGCGCUGUUUGCAUAUAGCCUGACCUGCCUGUGGCUAACUACUUUUCUCUUUUUCUGUUUGUGGGAUUUUUUUACCAAUUUUCUCGAGGAGGGACAUCCGAGGAGUUUUUACACGUUUAGAGCCAAAGAAAAAGAUACACUUGCAAAUACUUAGACUUACUUAAACCACGCUUCGCGUGUUUUUACGCUGAACUGAACCCCUCAACUCCUUAAAAGAACUCACAUAGGACAUGUGAACACGACGACGCGAUAUAAUCGUCGAUAAAUAUGAUCGUGACCGAGUACACGAACUAUUCGCGAGUUAUAAAAAAGACAGAAUAAAAUGCUAAAUAUGUCUAUAAACGAUAAACUGAUACCCAAAUGAUAGAACAUCCGCACGAAACGGGAGAAAGCACCUUUUUUUCUUAACCAUUUAUACCUUUAGAUUGCGCCUAAAAAUUAGUUUUCUUAACUGGGUUCAUUUUUCAGCCGAUUGCAUAUACGAUUUUUUCUCUCCUCUUGUGUAUGGUUAAUACAUUUUUUUUUCUUUUUAUUUUUAAUUGUUAUUCAUUGUUUCUCUCUUGGGAAAUUUUCAUUAACUUUUUUACCAAGUGAUCGGACUUAGUCCUGCUUGAUUAGCUCUUGGACCAUACGUGUUUAGUGCGCAUGAUGUGUGUUAUGAUUAUCGAUUACUACUACUAUUAUUAUUAUUAUUAUUAUUAUUAUUAUUAUUAAUUCUACCAUUGCUAUUAGCGUUAUUUACUAUUAUUAUUUUAUUACUACUAUUAUUAUUAUUAUUAUAUUAUUCACGACGUACGCUAUUGCUACGGUUUACUAUAAUUAUUAUUAUCAUUAUUAUUGUUAUUAUUACCAUCGUCGCUAUAUAUUGUCAAUAUCGUCGUCAAUUAGUUUACUUGACCGCACUUAUUUUGUAUAUCGUGUGUAUCGUCAUUACCAUUAGUAUUAUCGUCACAACCACCGUCACGAUUAUCGAUUACAAACGUCGCCACGAUCAUCCACGCUGAUUUGUACGUAUCUUUUCUUUUUUUUUUUUCUUUUCGUUGGAGUGAGAAGCAAAAAAACGAGGACGAAAAAAAAAGAAGCAAAGAGAAGGAAAGGUGCUUCAUAAGAGGCAAAUAAAUCGAAUAUCGAGCAUCGAGUCUCGAGGUACACGGUACACUGAAUACUCUGUCGCGUUUGAAAUACAAAUGGCCCCUUGUCCACGAGUCCACGAGUAUCGAUCGCGAGUCAUCGUUCAACGAAUGCGACAGGGUCGUCGCAACCUCGAUCUCUUAAAUGUUCGCUCUUGCCUUGGGUUUUCUUAUUGUUAGAUGUUAGAUUACGAUCGCAUGGCAUGCGCUUCUAUUGUUUCAUAUAUAUAUAUAUAUUUUAUUGUAUUUUAUUCCCUUUUUUUAAAUGCCUCUUUAGUUUUGUUGAUUCUUCUAUUAUUACGUUUAUUAUUUCUUUUUUUGGUAUCGUUCGUUUCAUUUAAUUUAGCGCCGUUCGCCUGUCUUUUUCGUUGGCGACACUCUCAUUCCAUCGAACACACCACGUACCUUUGUAAGUACUCGAGGGAUUCCACGUGAUCAGCGAUUGUAUGUUAACACAUUUGAGUGUGCUUAGGUGUAAGAAGAAUUGUAAGAACGAAACUGGCUGGACGUUCCAACAGCGACAGUUGUUUAGUAACAUUGUUGAUAACAGCUUUCAGCUACAUACAUACAUACAUACAUGUACAAUAUGUAUAUCGAUCAUAGCGUAAACGCAACGAGUUUCUGGUGCACGAUUUUGUACAUAUCAAUGGUUUCUUAUUCAUUGUACGAUAAUGUGUUCCAUCGGAUGUGGUCGAUCAAACUACGCAGUAAUUAUUGCAAUUCAACAACAUUUUUAUACAGAAUAACCUCUUUUUUCGUAUGGGAAUAGUUAUUAGGAAUACACGAAGCGAAUGAUUUAUAACUUUGAGCGCAAAUAAUUAAAAUCUGUAAGGGGAGAAAAGACAAAUUGGUUCGUUACCGAUCCACGUGCGGAAAUGCACUUGGUAGCGCGGUUCCAAGAGUAGUUUCAUUCAUCCAAAGUUCCAUCGGAGUAGUUUUAACGAAUUAACCAUGUUAAUGAUAAAAAAAGACACGUUGUUAAUGUUAACAUACGUAGUUUUAUAUUUCAGUUUUAUUUUGUCUAAAAAAAAAUGACAUAUAUCGUUAACUUUUUACUACAAGCUGGCAAUAAAUCAAGAAACUACAAAUAUUAGAAAAUACAUGUAAGGAAACUCGGUUUAUAUUUUCUCUGCAGUUACUAUCGUUGCACAUAAUCGAGCAGGAUUAAAUAAACUUUGCGUAGCAACAUCUUUCAAAUUAUCGAUGCACAAACUUCUUACGAAUCUUACUCAAAUCAUUAUACAAAUAAGAUUUAAAACAUACAUCUGAAAGAUUUCCAUAAAUCGCAAAGUAAAUGCAACGAAAAGGAAAUUUCAUUCCACAAAUUGGUAGAAGAUGAGCGUUUGGAACGAAUUACGCGGCUGACUUUUUUGUGGAUUUCCGAUCCCAUUGAAAAUGAUAACAAGCACCUGCACCAGAAUAUCGUUGUCCGUGCGAUCUAUCACGUUUCUAUGAAUAAAAAAGAUAUCGCUAGUAUGGGAAUAUCUCUGGUGGCAGCACGAGAGAAUGAAUGAUCGUACACGAUUCAACUGUCGCGUGUCGAGCGUUCGCCCAGAAUGUCGCGUUUUAGAUUCAUGUAAACGAGUCGUACGAGGUUAUAUUUCACGUGAACCGGCUCGGCCGUGAAGAUAAAGGCGCAAGUGGGUUUGUGUAUGUUUGAUCGCUUUCCUUUUUUCCUUUUCUUUUUUUUUUUUUUUUUUUCUUUGUGAUCGAUCGAAUCCUGAGCUGGCCUAAGAUUCUCGAGUGCCGAGACGAACGAAUGUAUAUUAGAUGUAUUAUACGAGUGAAUGGAUGAAAAAUCUUGCGAUUUCUAUGAAAUGGAAUCGAACGAUGCAAGAAGAAACACUGUGGUUCCGAGAAGAAGCGGGCGGAAUUUUUUGCUCUAAAAAUUUGUGACUUUUUUUUUAUUUGGACAAAAUAUGACGAAAAUUUGGGCUGGAAAUUGGUAAAUAAAAGUCGUACAAGUAUA